CAGCUGAGCAGAAGGAGGGAGGGAAAGCCGGGUGGACCCAGGUGGGUGGCCCUCCAGUGCGCCCAGCUCAGGGAAUGCCCCUGCCUCUGUCCCUCCCCCUUCACCUGGCUUUUAAGGGGAGCAGCCUGCUGCAGCUGCGCCAGCCUCUUUGGAAGGAGCGCACGGAGCAGCGGAACCGCUGACCAUGGCCAGGGCCGGGAUGCCCAUGCUGCUGCUGCUGCUCCUCGCGGCGGGCACGGGGUCCGCCUCAGCGGGGCUGCAGCCUGGCUGUCGCGGGGGCUGCGCGGAGGAGGGAGACGCGGGGUCGCCUGCGGACGACGGCUGUGCAGAAGGCGGAGGCUGCCUCAGGAGAGAGGGGCAGCCGUGCGGGGUCUACGUCCCCGAGUGCGCCCCAGGACUGCAGUGCCGACCGCGGGAGAACGAAGAGGCGCCGCUGAGGGCGCUGCUGGCCGGCCAGGGCCGCUGUCAACGGGCCAGGGGGCCGGCCGAGGAGAGUAAACCCCAUGCAGGAGCCUCCCGUCCACGUGAGACAAGCCACAAAGACCGGCAGAAGAAUCCAGGGACCUCCAGCACCCCUAUAAGGCCCAAUCCAGGGGGUGCUCAAGACUCUGAGAUGGGCCCCUGCCGCAGACACUUGGAUUCCGUGCUGCAGCAACUGCAGACUGAGGUCUUCCGAGGCGGGGCCCAGGGGCUCUAUGUGCCAAACUGUGACCUCAGAGGCUUCUACAGAAAGCAGCAGUGUCGUUCCUCCCAGGGGAGUCGCCGUGGUCCCUGCUGGUGUGUGGAUCCCAUGGGCCAGCCCUUGUCAGUGUCUCCAGGUAGCCCCAGAAGCUCUCACUGCUCUGCCGGGAGCCGUGGCUGACAGGAGGGAACCUCCAGGACCCUGGCAGGAGUGGGCUGUCCUGUGAGCUAUGUGUGGAGUGACUAGUAAUUCAGGGGCUCUGGGCCCCCAAUCUCACCUUCAGGCCCUGUCCCAUUGUCGCUGACCCCCCCCCCCCAGACCUUUACACAUCAAGUUAGGAAGGCUGCUGCUUGGGGGUCCUAAUAAAGCUGUGUCGGGUCUCUGGCGGA